CACCUGACCAGAUUCAAUGAACCACAAUACAGUUCGCGAAGUCCCGCAAAUCUUACCAUAAUGUCCACCAUGUAUCACGCCUCCUCGUCCUGAAGUCUAAUCUCUCCCUCCUUAAAACCCUCACUGCCACCACCGUCCACCAGAUCAAUAUCGGUAUAAAAAUGGUAUUCACAGAGUUCAGGCCACUGGACGAGAAAUAUUUAGUGGAGUACAUUAAGGCCACUCCUGCUUUGUCAGAUAAGAUCGGCAACAAUUUCGACGACUUGAAGAUCAAAGAAGUUGGCGAUGGAAAUCUCAAUUUCGUCUACAUCGUUGUUAGCCCAGCUGGUUCUUUUGUCAUCAAGCAGGCAAUUCCAUACAUACGUUGUAUUGGAGAAUCAUGGCCAAUGACUAAGGAAAGAGCAUACUUUGAGGCAUUGACACUUAGAGAGCAUGGCCGAUGGAGCCCUGAAAAUGUGCCUGAAGUUUAUCAUUUUGACCGUAUUAUGUCUGUGAUUGGUAUGCGAUAUUUGGAGCCCCCACAUAUAAUCCUGAGAAAAGGGUUGGUUGCUGGAAUUGAGUAUCCAUUGCUAGCAGAACACAUAUCAGAUUAUAUGGCAAAGACUCUUUACCACACAUCGCUUCUUUUUCAUACUACCACUGAGCAUAAACACAACGUUGCUGAAUUCUGUGGGAACGUGGAGUUAUGCAGGCUUACUGAGCAGGUUGUUUUCUCUGACCCUUACAAAGUAUCCGAAUAUAACCGCUGGACUUCCCCUUAUCUUGAUCGUGAUGCUGAGGCUGUCCGUGAAGAUAAUAUUUUAAAGCUUGAAGUUGCUGAGUUGAAAUCCAAGUUUUGUGAGAGAGCCCAAGCCUUAGUACAUGGAGAUCUCCACACUGGAUCCGUCAUGGUUACCCAUGAAUCUACUCAAGUUAUAGAUCCAGAAUUUGCAUUUUAUGGUCCCAUGGGUUUUGAUAUUGGAGCUUUUAUUGGAAACUUGAUAUUGGCUUUUUUUGCUCAAGAUGGACACGCUGAUCAAGGGAAUGACCGAAAAACAUAUAAAGAGUGGAUUUUGAGGACAAUUAAAGAGACCUGGAGUCUUUUCUACAAGAAGUUCACUGCACUGUGGGACGAGCACAAGGAUGGCUCUGGUGAGGCAUAUCUUCCAGGAAUUUAUAAUAACCCUGAGCUUCAUCAGCUUGUACAGAGAAAAUUCAUGCAAGACUUGUUCCAUGACACCUUGGGAUUUGGUGCGGCCAAAAUGAUAAGGGAAAACUGCAUGGCAAUGUCCUCAUCCUUUGUCCCAUCUAAAGCCACUAAAUAGAUCAUUAAAGUUCGCUGGGACUGGGAUUAUUUAGGAAGUCUAAACAGGGGGGACAUCUUAUGUUUGGAAGCAAAAUUUGAGAUCGAUUAGCUCAGCUUUUGGUUUUGAGGCAUCAGUGCGACUCAUUUAGAUCAUGUGAUCUAUUAAACGAAUGAUCAGCUCUCCAUCAUUUGUAGUUUGAAUAUGCUUGACCUGUGGGAAAUCUGGUUAUAACUUGUCUCAUAGCGGGAAAGUGCAAUUUUACAGUCACUGAUUCACUCUUAUCUCUAUUUUUUUGUGUAAAAUUACAAUAAAAAUCCUA